UGCAGAUGCGGACAGUAACCAACCUCUCAGAAACAUGAACCCCGACUGGAGUGAACAAGACUGCCGCAGGAACGGGAUCCAGGGACUAUUACAAGAUCCCAAAGAGAGUCAUGCUCUUCCCAAGUCUGAAGCGCAGGAGGGGCCAAAGAUAAAAGCAGUUUGCACACAAGAGGAGUCAUUUGACCAGGAGUGGUGUGCGAGUCUAAAGCAGGUUACAGAGCUGGCGUGUGUUAAAGAUGAAGAGGUCCCUCGACUGGAAUGCGUUCCUGUUAAAGAGGAAUUCAUAGAACAGGAAUGUGUCCCCAUCGCAGAGGAAGAUCCUACUGAAAAUAAUGCCUGUGCACUUGAGGAGAACAACAAGCUGUGUGAUGAUUCUCCACCUGCAAGUGAACUGGGUUUUAGAGGGAAUUACACAAGAGGGCCACCAUUUCCCUGUACUGAUUGUGGGAAGAGUUUCAGUAGUUUAUCACAGCUUAAAAUCCACCACCGCGUUCACACAGGAGAGAAACCUUAUCCUUGCACUGACUGCAGGAAGAAAUUCAGUCGUUUAACAGACCUUAAAAGACACCAGCGCAUUCACACAGGAGAAAAACCUUAUCGCUGCACCGAAUGCGAGAUGCGUUUCACGCGAUCGGGAAGUCUUCAGUCACACCAGCGCAUUCACACAGGAGAGAAACCUUAUCAGUGUUCUGAAUGUCCGAAUAGAUUCAGUCACUUAUCAAACCUGAAAAGACAUCAUCAAAUUCACAAAAGAGUGGAGCCCUAUCCCUUCAGUGAAUUUCGGAAGGACUUCAGUCAGUUACAGGCGCUUGAAGGACACGGGAUAAUUCACAGGAUUUCAGACACUAGAGGACAGCUAAACCCCAGGAUAACAUUUGACUGAAAUACAGAUAUAUCUGCAAAAAACUAAGGAAUAAAGUUGAUUGAUAAAUAGGGUUGCUCCUAAUUUACUUCAGAUUAAAAACAUAUACUCCUGGAUGAAAUAUAUGAACUACUACAUCUUGUUUGGACCACUCGUCAUCUUGUUGACCAUUCUGUUUUUGUUACGUUACGUUAGUAAUGUAUGAAAUGGAUUGGAAUUGCGUCUGCAAGGUUCCACUUUUGAUUUUGAUGUGUAACUCCCCACUAGUGACCAAGAAUCCAGCUCUUUCAAGUCAGUAAGCUUUGGUCAAUUCUGAACAUCAUACCUCAGUGUUGUGUUGUUAACAGGCUUUGACUGCAGUAUGAUGCCCCCAGUGUUCAGUUUCAUGAUGGAAUUUGAAAAACCUGAUUUUUUUUUUUUUAAAUCAGUAGACUGUGAAUUAAUGCAAACGGUGAAUAACUUGAAAAUGCCCCCUUUGGGAAUGAAUUCAAAUAAUGAGUUGUUUUAAGUGUUUUAUUUUAGAUUACAUCUAGGGGGCACACAAAGAGACACUGUCUUAAAUUUUAAUGUACAUCUCGCUGGACAAGUCAUCCCCAUAUUCUGCUUUACAAAAACAAUUUAAAAAGAAUUACUCCAAAACCAGAAAUAUUCCCUUACCUAUUGUCUGUCCUGAUCUGUCAUUUGAGACUUCUGUUAGGCAAGUUACAAAAGCAUCAUUUUACCAUUUGAGAAAUAUAGCCAUACUUAGACUAAUUAUUUCUCUGUGUGACGCAGAGAGACUGAUGCAUGCCUUUGUUUAAUCUAGAAUGGAUUUUCUGUGAUUCACUUCUCUCUGGUAUCCCAAAAGGUGUGCUAUCUCGCUUACAGCGGGAUCAGAAUACCUCUGCUAGAAUUCUGACUAAAACCAGGAAAAGUGAACGUAUUACCCCUGUUUUAGCCUCCUUGCACUGGCUCCCUGUGCAGUAUAGAAUAGAGAUUUUGCUGUUAAGAUAUAAAGCCACUGAAUGGAUUAACACCUAGUUAUUUCCUGGAGCUAUCGCCCUGUAUAAUAUAAAUCACACUCUGAGAUCACAGCGUGCGGGGCUGCUGAUUAUUCCUAGGAUCAACAGAGUUAACACUGGAGGAGGGAGGGCUUUUUCAUAGAGAGCCCCUAAAUUAUGGAAUUUCUUCUUUCAUCAGGGAAGCUGGGACUGCUCCAGUUUAAGUCAAUACUGAAACCACGCUUUUAACGACUUUCUCUUCUUAGUAGGUUUUAAGGUAACUUAAAUUUCUGGUUUUAACAUUAUUUUGUUUUUAUAUUUAGUAUUUUUUUUUAAAUAUUCUAUUUUAAUAUGUAGCAGUGUUUGACAUGC